CUUGCCAGUUCGAGACCUGGUGUGCGACCUAAUCACAGGCCUCCAACAACCGUGUGUGAGACGAUAAAGUCGCCUCCCACGACCUUGCACAGACCGUGUAUCUGUGCGCAGCCAUAAGUCUCCAGGCCAGACGUUACGAGAACAGGAACAUCAACGAAGAACGAGCUCACGAUCACGACCACGACCAUGGAUCAGCCAGAACCUGCGACACCGCUUUACCCGGCCAUGGCCCUCCUCAAUUACAUGCAUGCGCCCACAGUCGGCUUCUACUACAUGGGAGCCUGCGCAUUCAGUUUGUGCAUACUACAAAAACCACGAUUAGUAUCAGCCAAGAGGCGGCGGAGCAUACUAAUCGCCAUGCUCACGAUACUGGUCGCAUACAUCACAGAGGUACUUUACUACUUCAGCCGAUCAAUGGGCGACUGGGACUAUGAGGCACCACAACCUGCAGCAAUCCGCUGCUUGGGAUCGAUACUGGUCUGGAGUCCGCUCGCAUAUAUACUCUGGUCGAGUAAGGCAUUACGGUGGCACGCCUACUUUGGCGCAUUUGUCCUGCAAUUCGCUUUCGAGACUACAACAUGCCUAAUAACAGCAUUUUCCAUUCCGGAGAAGAAUAGGCAGAAGAAUGCGCCUUUUGUGAUUAACUGCGUCAGGGCGUUGGCUUCGCUCAUACUACUACUUGAUGCCUUUGUCAUUCUGGUCACCAAGCAGGCGCAGGUUAGCACGGACGAGGAACGCCAGUCUCUGCUAGGAAAGCAAGCGAAUGGCUCAUCGACGCCCAACGGCAACGCCGGAUAUGGUACCAUUCCUACGGGAACAUCGAGCGAUGACGAAGAGGCACCGCCAAAGGACGACGACAAAGACAUCAAAGAGCAGCAGGCAAAGCGUCUCGAAGAGGAAGGUGGCUGGUUCGGAUAUCUUAAGGGUUUCGCCGUGUUCUUGCCUUACCUAUUCCCGAGAGACGACUGGAAAGUCAUGGCUUGCCUGGGUCUACGACUCAUUCAUAUGCUGCAAGAGCGCGUUCUCAACUUGCUUACUCCUCGCCAAAUUGGUAUCAUCACGAACAAAUUACAGCACUCUUAUGAGACUCAGAGUGGCGUCAUGCCGUGGAAGGACAUCGGCCUCUGGGUCUUGUUCUCAUACAUCAACAGUUAUGCUGGGCUCGGCAUAAUCGACGGCAUUGCAAACCUAGUCAUCUCGAACUCCGCGUAUCGGCGCAUCACCUUGCUCGCAUACGAGCAUGUUCUAGGUCUAUCUAUGGACUUCCAUACCUCGAAAGACUCCGGGGAGGUUCUGAAGGCUGUUGAACAGGCGUCGUCUCUAAACUCGCUCAUCGAGAUGGUUCUCUUCGAUAUUGCGCCAAUCCUGCUGGACCUCGUCGUAGCAAUGUACUAUGUGACGCACUUAUUCGACGCUUACAUGGCGUUUAUCAUCUUGUUCAUGGGCGCGGCAUACAUUGUCAUCGGAUUCUACUUCACGACGCUCUCCCAGCCGAAGCGAAGAGACUAUGUUGAGAAGCAGCGUACCGAGAGCUCUACUGUCAACGAGACAGUUCACAACUGGCAGACGGUCGCUUACUUCAAUCGAUUGGUGUUCGAACACAAGCGCUACGCCGAGAACAUCAUGAACACCAUCUCCGCUCAAUACGCAUACUACUUCCGGUCCAUGGGCGGUCAUGCAGCACAAGACCUUCUCACAACUUUCGGGUUCGCUGGUGCUUGCGUCUUUGGUAUGUCGCAGAUUGUCACUGGUCGCAAGCCAGUUGGUAACCUUGUUACUCUGAUCAUGUACUGGCACACGAUGACAUCGCCCCUCUAUGUCCUCUCAUACAGCUAUCGUCACAUCUCUAGCUCGCUCAUUGAUGCUGAGCGCCUUUUGCAGCUACUCAAUACCAAGCCUACAGUUGCCGACCAAGAUGGUGCUAGAGACAUUGUGGUUUCUGCGGGUGAGGUCGAGUUUAAGGAUGUCGACUUCCACUACGACGAGCGUAAGCCCAUCAUCAAGGGGGUGAAUCUGAAGGCCGAAGGCGGACAGACCAUAGCCUUCGUUGGUGAGACAGGAGGCGGCAAGUCGACAAUGCUCAAACUGCUCUUCCGUUUCUACGACGUCACCGGCGGUUCAAUCAUGAUCGAUGGUCAAGACCUACGUUCAGUUACGCAAGCCAGUCUCCGGAAUGCUCUCGGUCUUGUGCCGCAAGACCCUGUCCUUUUCAACCAGACCAUCCGACAAAAUAUUCGCUACGCCAAACUCGACGCAACGGACAAGGAGAUUGAAGAUGCAUGCAGCGCUGCUGCCAUCCACGACGACAUCGUUGGUUUCCCCGACGGCUACAACUCCAAGGUCGGCGAACGCGGUGUGCGUCUGUCUGGCGGUCAACUCCAACGUAUAGCCAUUGCCCGUGUACUCCUCAAGAACCCCAAGAUCGUCAUGCUCGACGAAGCCACCUCGGCAAUCGACUCUUCCAUCGAGGCGCUCAUUCAGCAAGCAUUCCGCAAGCUGAGCCAAGGCCGCACAACCUUCGUCAUCGCGCAUCGCCUCAGCACGAUCGCUGAUGCGGACCAGAUUUUGGUCGUAGAGAAGGGUGAGAUUAUCGAGAGGGGUACGCAUCAAGAGCUGCUGAAGAACGAGGCUGGCAAGUACUCGGAGCUUUGGUCGAAGCAGACUGCAGGGCACUUGUCGAAGACGCCAUCGAAGGAGGACGUGAAGAAGGAUGCAGAUGCUCAGGAAGCGACGAAGGUGGGUGGAGACAAGGAGACCGAAGACAAGGACACCAAGCAAACAGAUGAGGCGACUGCAACAGCCGUGGAAAGGCAUAGUGAUAAUGAGGACACGACAACGAAGCGUAAAUGAGCAAAGCUUGUGGUGU